CUUGAACGCAGCACCACCGCCUACUAUGAGCCGCUUCAUCAUAUCGCGAUAGACACCGCCAGGCCACGGCGCUACCGUUGAGCAACAUGGCGGAAGAGGAGGUGGCCAAGCUGCAGAAGCACCUGGCCCUGCUCAGGCAGGAGUAUGUGAAGAUGCAGCAGAAGCUGGCUGAUACAGAGAGGCGCUGCGCCAUGCUUGCCGCUCAGUCUUCUAGCCAGGGCACUCCCACCCCUGCAGCCGCAGAGACCUUCAUCAGCCGUCUGCUGGACAUUGUGGCCGACCUCUAUCAGCAGGAACAGUACAGUGAUCUAAAGGUGAAAGUAGCGGGGGAGCAGAUUAAUGCCCAUAAGUUUGUGCUGGCUGCUCGCAGCGAUGUGUGGAGUCUCUCCAACCUGGCUUCAACCAAUGAGCUGGACCUGUCUGAUUGCAAACCUGAGGUUGCCAUGGCAAUGUUACGGUGGACAUAUACCGACGAGUUGGAGCUGAGCGAGGAUGAUGCCUUUCUUAUCGACUUGAUGAAACUGGCCAACCGCUUCCAGCUUCAGCUGCUCAGAGAGAGGUGUGAAAAAGGCGUGAUGUCCUCAGUGAAUGUCAGGAACUGCAUUCGCUUCUACCAAACAGCCGAGGAGCUAAAUGCCAGCACCUUAAUGAACUACUGUGGGGAGAUCAUAGCCAGUCACUGGGAUGAUCUGAGGAAAGAAGAUUUCAGCACCAUGAGUGCCCAGCUUCUAUACAAGAUGAUCAAAUCUAAAACAGAGUAUCCUCUCCAUAAAGCCAUCAAAGUUGAGAGAGAAGAUGUGGUGUUUCUGUAUCUCAUUGAGAUGGACGCGCAGUUACCUGGCAAGCUAAAUGAACUUGACAACAAUGGCGACCUGGCAUUAGACCUAGCCCUCUCCCGGAAAUUGGAAAGCAUUGCAACCACUCUUGUGAACAACAAAGCUGAUGUGGACAUGGUGGACCAGAGCGGCUGGAGUCUGCUGCAUAAAGCCAUUCAAAGAGGUGAUGAGUUUGCCUCCAUCUUCCUGAUUCGCCAUUCAGCUCAGGUUAAUGCAGCCACAGUGGGGGCUGUGGAAACGCCACUUCACCUGGUCUGUUCUUUCAGCCCCAAGAAACACUCUGCCGAAGUGAUGAGCGGGAUGGCGCGAAUAACUGAGGCUCUUCUCAAGGCUGGAGCCAACCCCAACAUGCAGAACAGUAAGGGAAGAACUCCUUUGCAUGAAGCUGUGUCAUCAGGGAACGAGCCGGUGUUCAACCAGCUGCUGCAGUGCAAACAGCUUGACCUGGAGCUCAAAGAUCACGAGGGCAGCACAGCGCUGUGGCUGGCACUGCAGUAUAUCACCGUGUCUUCGGAUCCCUCUGUCAACCCGUUUGAAGAUAAUGCGCCAGUCGUAAACGGCACCUCGUUUGACGAGAAUAGCUUUGCGGCCCAGCUCAUCCAGAGAGGAAGCAACCCCGAUGCACCUGACACUACCACAGAGUAUUGCCUCAUGCAGAGAGCAGCGCUUGCAAACAAUGAGGCGGCUGCUCUUUUCCUCGCAACUCAUGGGGCAAAGGUCAACCACAUUAACAAAUGGGGUGAAAGCUCACUUCAUACAGCAUGUCGCUGUGGCCUAGCAAGCCUGACAGCUGAGCUUCUCCAGCAAGGGGCCAAUCCUAACCUGCAAACCCAGAAGCCUCUACCCGAUGACCCCCUCGGUGUGGCCAUGCAGACCCCCCUCCACAUGGCCAUCGCUCACAACCACCCAGAUGUGGUCUCGGUCAUCCUGGAGCAAAAAGCCAACGCACUACAUGCCACCAACAACUUCCAGAUCAUCCCAGACUUCAGCCUCAAAGACUCCAUGGACCAAACAGUUCUGGGCUUGGCCCUCUGGACAGGCAUGCACACCAUAGCGGCUCAGCUGCUGGGAUCAGGAGCAUCUAUCAAUGACACUAUGUCCAGUGGACAAACUCUGCUCCACAUGGCCAUCCAAAGGCAGGACAGCAAGAGCGCACUCUUCCUUCUUGAACAUCAGGCAGACAUUAAUGUUAGGACCCAGGAGGGACAAACAGCACUGCAGCUGGCCAUCAGUAACCAGCUGCCGUUGGUGGUGGACGCCAUUUGCACAAGAGGAGCUGACAUGUCGGUGGUGGAUGACAAAGGUGACCCUCCACUAUGGCUGGCUCUUGAGAACGGACUUGAAGAUAUUGCGUCCACACUGGUCCGCCACGGCUGUGAUGCAACUUGUUGGAGCUCUGGGCCGUCAGGCUGCCAGCAGACCCUCCUGCACAGAGCUGUUGAUGAGAACAACGAGGUCUCGGCCUGCUUCCUUAUCCGCAGUGGUUGUGACGUGAACAGCCCCAGGCGGCCUGGCCCUAAUGGGGAGGGAGAUGAAGAAGCCCGAGAUGGACAAACUCCCCUCCACCUGGCAAGCAACUGGGGACUGGAGGAUGUGGUGCAGUGCCUUCUUGAGUUUGGAGCCAAUGUUAAUGCACAGGAUUCAGAGGGCAGAACUCCCAUCCAUGCUGCUAUUAGCAACCAGCACAAUGUCAUUAUUCAGCUCCUCAUUUCCCAUCCAGACAUUCGUCUCAACAUUCGCGACCGUCAGGGAAUGACCCCCUUUGCCUGCGCCAUGACGCACAAGAACAAUAAAGCGGCAGAGGCUAUUCUCAAGAGGGAGCCAGGUGCUGCUGAACAGGUGGACAACAAAGGGCGCAACUUUCUCCACGUGGCUGUUCAGAAUUCAGACAUUGAAAGUGUCCUGUUCCUAAUCAGCGUCCAAGCUAACGUCAACUCCAGAGUUCAGGACGCGGCCAAACUCACCCCGCUGCACCUGGCUGUGCAGGCUGGAUCUGAGAUCAUCGUCCGCAACCUGCUGCUUGCUGGUGCUAAAGUGAAUGAGCUGACUAAACACAGACAGACAGCACUGCAUUUGGCUGCUCAGCAGGACCUGGCCACGAUUUGCUCCGUGCUGCUGGAGAACGGAGUAGAUUUCGCUGCCGAGGACGAGAAUGGCAAUAAUGCUCUGCAUCUGGCUGUGAUGCAGGGUCGCCUUAACAAUGUCAGAGUCCUUCUCACAGAGUCCAACAUCGAUGCUGAGGCUUUCAAUCUCAGGGGUCAGUCACCAAUGCAUGUGCUGGGCCACUAUGGCAAAGAAAAUGCUGCUGCCAUUUUCGAGUUGUUCCUGGAGUGCAUGCCUGAAUAUCCUCUGGACAAACCUGACAAUGAAGGGAACACAGUUCUGCUGCUGGCCUACAUGAAAGGAAACGCAAACCUGUGCCGUGCUAUUGUGAGGGCCGGCGCUCGUCUGGGAGUCACUAAUAAUCAGGGCAUCAAUAUUUUCAACUACCAGGUUGCAACCAAGCAGUUGCUCUUCCGCCUUCUAGAUAUGCUUUCCAAAGAGCCCCCAUGGUGUGAUGGCUCCAACUGCUAUGAAUGCGGUGCCAAGUUUGGAGUUACAACACGGAAACAUCACUGCCGCCACUGCGGGCGUCUGCUGUGCCACAAGUGCUCUAUAAAAGAGAUACCCAUCAUCAAGUUUGACUUGAACAAGCCGGUGAGAGUGUGCGAUAUCUGCUUUGAUGUACUGACUCUGGGCGGCGUGUCGUAAUGCCCCGGCCUGGAUGUCUUUCAACCUCUGGCUCCAACCGCGCCAGGUCCAACUUGGCACAAUUAUUCAGGCACACUGGGAGCAGGACAUGCUAACAAGAGAAUCCCAGACAGUUAUGGACCAUCAUCUUUAUACUAUUGCAGUUUAUGAAAAACUAUUAAUCUUUUAGAGGGAUGUUGCAAGUAGGAAGUGAAACAUUGUCGUUUUGUUUCUGUUUCAAAGUAUGUUGAAGUGAAUAUAAGUGGCUCUUCAGCUUGGUGAUGGCUGGACUGAGUUCAGUGAUGUUUGCGCUGAUUAGCUCUUUAAUAUCACAAGCAGGUAGCUGUUGUACACGGCAUUUCAGUCCACCUUUAGAAGGGGUCUUCCCUUAAACAUGCCGACCUGUCCAAAUACAACAAAAAAAAUAUCAACGCUAUGAAAUGAAACUCUACAUUCGUGAUAGGAGUUGAGGCUGCUGCCAACCACGAACAGAGGACAAACUGGAAAAUGCCCUUUGUUCUAAAGAUCGCUGCGUUCUCUGUAAUCUUUGAACAUUUAUUCACUAUUUUGUGUUAACUGAGUAAAAUGGGACGAGGAGCGGUCGAGGGGAAAGCACCUCAACUUGACUAGGUCCAAAGUGAAUCAAAUCUUUUCUGUUAAACUCAUGUUUUAUAUUACUUUACUGCAGAAGUGAUGGUGCAACUGGAAAAAUACGGUGGUGUUUUGUCCCCAGUUGAGUAAUGCUUUGAGGACGCCUCGGCCAAGUUGAAUGGAAAUGUGACAGGAGAAAGCCCAUUUAUCACCGAGAGCAUUAGAAGCCUCUCCAAAACAUGAAGUACCCCCCCUUCUCAGUUACAGAAAUGCCUAGUAUGCCUAUGCAUGUCAUUUAAUUUGUAGCCUUUAAGUCAUGGUUAUAAUUUUAAAAUCAGCCACCAAAUGAUUACAUUCCAUUUCGGACCUACCGUGAGGUCCUCGACGGUAGUCCUCAUCUUAAUCCCACGACGUUGCCUCGUGUCAAGUUGUCGUCUUGACCCCAUCACAUGUAACGCUUCUUGAUUUCUAAGCCUAACAGGUGCACUUUAUCAAGUUCACGUGACAUUUCUGAUCAUUGGGGAGAAUGUGGAGUAAGAGGGAUGGCCACGUAGUGGGGCCUCUUCAAGUAUUGUUAAAUUGUACAGAUAAAUGUGUGAUAUUUUUGACCACUACAGCUGUUUUGUACUUAAAUGCAGUUUGUGCUUGUCAUUGUGACAAACCUAAAUCUUGCCUCUGUUAAUCUUUUAUGCACAUUGUUUAAUCUUUUAUGCACAUUGUAUUGUAUCUGUAUGCUCAGAUAUCUAGCUCGUCUCUUCCUGGUGUAUUCUUUUAGGGAAAAGGAGGACAACUUUACAUAAAGGUCAUCAAAGAAUG